UAUUUUCGGCCCAUAAUCCUAAUCUGAUAAGGCGGAAAAGUGUGUCCUUCUCUCUUCUGCCUGCGACGGCUAUGGUGACGCUAGAGUUUCUUCACCGUUACUGAAACAGUUUUAGUUAUGGUUUCUUGGUGUUUAAUCCCAAAUCUGACGCCCACUAUAUUUAUACCCCCUUGAGUUUGCGUCGUUGAAGCUCUGUAUAAAUAUGUUCGUAUUUCUCUUCUAGAAAUCAUCCUCUCCUCAUCACUCUUCUCUUAUCUCCUUAGAGUAUACUAAUUCACUGUUUAAUGGCUUCCUCGAGGGUGGUCUUCUCCGAUUUGAAGUCCAGCCCACAGAAUAGAAAGAAUAAACUUUACCAGAUCCAAACUGUAAAACGGCUGCACAACGAGUGGAUAGAGAAUACAUAUCGAUGGGUCACUGGAUUUCUGGAAAUAUUUGAAGAAGGUUUCAUAAGAAGGGGACUGCAAUCAGAGGGGGUAUUCAAGAGAGGUGAAUCAGAAAAUUCCCAGAAACAAACUGGAGAAUGGGAUGAGUAUAAAGAUGAACGACACUAUGCAAGGAUAAAGAUGUUGAAGAAGAGGAAGAGAAAACUGUUAAAACGGAUGCAAAAGACAACAAAAUCAUUUCACUCAUGACAUGGAAAGGAAGUGAAAAAAGCAUUGUGCAUGAUAACGAUGAUGCAGUAAGUCGAGAAAAUCACAAGGUCUUGAA